GUGUGUGUGUGUGUGUGUGUGUGUGUGUGUGUGUGUGUGUGUGUGUGUGUGUGUUGUAGGUUAUCUUACUUUUUACUGGUACAGGUAUUUUGGCCUCCAGAGCUGCAGACUCUGGAUCUGUUAUCAUUAAUCUUCUUGUUAUUAGUCUCAUUAUUAGUCCUAUUACCUGCCCUACUAUUGUUGUUUUAUUAUGUUAUUGUAUUGUUCAAGGUUUCUACCUGUUUAAAAGGAGUUUUUCCUUACCACUGUCACCAAGUGCUUGCUCAUGGGGGAAUGUUUGCUCUCUAUGAUAAUAUUAUAUGGUCUUAAACGGUCUAGACCUGCUCUAUAUCAAAAGUGCUGUUAGAUAACUUCAGUUAGGAUUUUGCACUAUAUAAGCAUUUAAGGAUUUUAAAAUCUUACAUUUGCAUACAUGCCACAAGUUUUACUUUGAGGCAGCUCUUUGCGUCAAUCACACCAUAGCUGCCAGUGAAAGUAUAACUCUUUGAUACCUCAACCUCUUUGAAGGUACAGACUUCUAACUUUAUUGCUUUUCAUGUCAGGUUUCCGAUGAGCCCUUUCUAGUGUUCCGUUGUCCCACGUUUACUGGUUUAGUUGAGCAGUGAUUGCAUACAUAAUUCAUGAACCACAUGGCGAGGAGUUAGGCAACCAAAGUGCUGAUUGUGGAGACUGGAGUCUCACACAUGGACAUGUCUUAAGAGUCAUUCCAAGACUGAAUGUGGCGCGUGGCUAUAACUGCUUGUAGGACGGAGACUGUCACGUGGUCCACUUCCUUUCUCUUGUGGUAACUCUUACAAGUUCAGACCACAUUUCCUUGGCAGUCAAAAUAUCUGUAACCUCCAUCUGCAACAGACACAGUCAGGCGUACCUGCCUCUCGUCUUAUUUGCCUUCGUCUAGGUGAUUGGAGCCCAUUACCAUCCAGUCAUGACGGGAAAUUUAAGCAGCACCAAGCUAGACAACGCCACCCUGUCCCUGUUUCAGAAUGCGAACACCAGCAUCAUCAUUUCUGUCAUCUACAUGAUCGUCACUGCCAUUAACCUAGUGGCAAAUGGUCUUUCUAUGUGGCUCCUCAUCUUCCGUACCACACCCAAGACUCCCUCCAUCAUCUUCAUGAUUAAUCUUACCCUCACCGACAUGGCCCUUGGUACUGCCCUGCCCUUCCAGAUUGCCUACCAGCUCAAAGGAUACCACUGGGAUCUGGGAUCAAAUAUGUGCAGUUUCCUGACCCUCGUCUUCUACACCAAUAUGUACUGUUCCAUCCUGACCAUGAUGGCCAUCAGUAUUGACCGCUACCUGGGCAUCAUCAGGCCCAUGCAAUUCAAGCAAACCAGAGAGAGGAAGUCCAUCGCUGUCAUCGGCUGCCUUUUCAUGUGGGGUUUGGUCCUGAGUGUUCUGUACCCACUGAUGACCACAGACCUGACCUUUGAAAUCCAAGAUCUCAGGAUUAUCACUUGCUUUGAUGUGCUGAAGAAAGACAUGCUUCCGUCAGUGCAGGCUUGGGUGAUCUUCAUCUUCGGCAUGGUGUUCCUUCUCUUCAUCUUCCCAUUCUGUGUCACAACAUUCUGCUAUAUAAGUGUCAUACGCAAACUUGCCAGGGAUUCCAAGACAGCCCAGAAAAAGAGAGCAAUACGUCUGGCCAUCUUUGUUCUCCUGGUCUUCACCAUUUGCUUUGCACCCAACAACAUCCUCCUGUUGGUUCACAGUGUGCUGAGGCUCUUCUAUAAUAAGUCUGCCUACAUGGCCUACAAACUUUCUCUCUGUUUCAGCUGUGUGAAUAGCUGCCUCGAUCCCUUCAUUUACUACUUUGCUUCCAAGGAAUUCAGACAAAAGCUGAGACAGAUAAUGAAUCUGCAGAGCCAGAGUAGUGCAGACUCGAUGAAGAUGGAGCAUAAAGAGAAUUUGUACUCGUCAUAGUGCGAUUAUGAAGGUCAAGAGAAAGAACACAGCAAAAUGUCUUUGAUACCAGAGCACACCACAGCAUAGAGAGUGGGAAUGUGACAAAAGAAAAAAAAGGGUGAGAAAGAAAGUGAGAGAAUAAUAGAGUGUGCCAGAGGUGUGAGUGUGCAUGCGACAACAUCUUGCAACAUCUUUUCUUGGGUCAAAUGUGAACGUGAUUUGAUUUAGUUUUUUAUGUGCACCACAAAGCAAAUGAUCAUGGACAGCAGCUGAGUCUGUUUGCCAAAAUUAAUCUUCAUCUUCUCCAUUAUGUGUUUGGUUUUUUUUUCAGAGUGAGUAACCAUUUACUAUCUGUAGUUAUGAAUAUCUGCCACAUGCAUCAUAAAAGUUAUCCUGACUGAAUGUAGCAUGCAAAUAUGUAUAAAAAAAUGUGAUUAAAGUGUUUGCAAUAUUUAGCCUAACAUAGCUGACCUUUUAACAUUUCCAAUAUUGUCACUUUACAUGUCUCCAAAUAUCUCUGGAUGUUUGGCUAGUUUCUUUUUGUCCUUCUUAACUUGUUUCAUGUUCAGAUUCUUACUUAUUUAACUUGCUUUGUUUCCAAAAAAUAAAAUUAUUUUAUAAAUUA